AUGCCCGGCAAACCUGGAUCUGGGCGCACAGACCGCCUGUCUCUCUCUUCCCAAAAACACUCCCUCUUUGCUGUCCACCCGCCCGACUGUCUGAUCCCCCCCUCUUUCUCUUCCUCCACGGACUACGCGCACCACUCUCCCGACGUCCCCUACCCAGACAACGAGUCAGCGACAGGCAAUGGAGCAAUAGACGUCCGCCACUAUCGACUACAGAUGGCGACAACAGCAAACCACCCUCCCGGCGCCCACGCCGUGGAUCAAGACAUGGGCGACUCGGAUCCCUUCGUGAACCACUCCCAAGAUGCCCACAGGCAGCGAUACGCCGCCUUUGACAAUACCGACUUCUCUCUCUACGUCGGCUCUUCCCCUGAACAAGCAAAGAAAGCGCUCCAAGCCCACCUCGCCGAGACCACACGGAGGCUACAGGAGACUUCACAUUUGGGCAAUGCACUUGUUCAGCAGAGGAAAGAAUUGGAAGAGAGACUUCAGGAGGUCGGCCAGCAGGAGAAGGAUGCGGAAAUCGGUCCAGAGCUGCGCACCAGGCUGGCCGAGCUUGAAAAGGAGUUCAAUGAGGUUGGUAGGGAAACCGCUCGAGCUUUCCUUCCCAAAUCUCGGGUUCCCAGCGGUGAACCUGAUGCCAAUGCGGGUGCUUCAGUCUUCACUAGUGAAGCACAGAACUCUCCCUCCAAAGUCAGUGUUCCUUCUCGGAAACAGCGAAAUCAACAGCCCAGUCGGAUGAACGAUAUAGCACUUGCCACAGAAAUCUCUACUUCUCUACUCGCACAACUCAAGGAUUUGCAGGCUGUUUUGCUCGAGAAAGAUGAAGCCCUCAAGGCAGCCGACCUGGACCGCUCCCAGCUGGAGAUCGAAGUGGAAGGCUUGUCCCAGCGAAUGCGGACUCUGGAUGAGAGCGAGUCUCGAUUGAAGGAUGUCAACUGGAACCUGGAAACUCAAGUGCGCGAGUUUGAGCAACAGUCCAAAGCCCAUGCCGACAAGGAGAACCGUCUCAACCAUGCCAUCAAUCUUACCAAGACAGAGAAAGCCACCCUGGAACGCGAGUUCGAAGAGCUCAAGCAGAAUUUCGCCAAGCUCAGCGACGAGCAGACUUACCGAACCAAGCAGCAUGAGACCGAGUUGUCUGGUCUGCGCCGUAACGUCAGUAUGGGCGAGACGGAGCGAGGUGCUCUUCAACGCAAGAUGGAGGAAAUGGCGACCCAGAAUCAAGAGCUCGCAAAAGCAGUAGCUUACCGCAUGCGUUCUGAAGAGCAAACCUCUCCAGAUGAGAACUCACCUGAAGAAGGCGCUGAUGAGGGCAACACAAUUACUCCCGAACACUCGCCUCCUCCAUCUCCCACUAAGGCAACUCCGCGCCACGGUCAACUCGAAUCUGAAACGCUCAAGCACUCUCUCAACCAUGCACACCGGAUGAUCCAGCAGCUCAAGAACACUAUUCACCGCGAGAAGACGGAGAAGAUGGAAAUCAAGCGUAUGCUUCAAGAAACGCGCGACGAGCUCGAGACGAAUCGCAAUGCUCUCAACGGACCAAGCAGUGCUAGCAAACGCAGGAAAGCCGACAAGGAUGUAUUCAAAAAGCCUCCACGCCCUGAUCGCUUAGGUGCUUUCCGAAUGGGUAGCCAAGAGGUCAUUCUAGAUGAGGAUGAGUGGGAGGAACAUGACGGUACUCCCACGACGCCUAGCAAGCGACCUAAGCAAUCAGACUCUGUGCCUGGCGCGACCUCUAGUGGCUUUACCUCCGCCGCUGAAACUAGCACCACCGAAGGUUUCGAAACCGCCAAUGAGACCUCGGAUGCUGCUUUCGAAACUGCCAAUGAACGUGACGGCACGGCGACAGAGACUGAUGCUUUCCAAACGGGCGCGGAGACACUCGAUGGGAACAGUAGUGAUGAUCUCACCGAGACUGAAGCUGGUCCUUCCGGAGGAACUGUUCGUCGUAGACCCAACUCUUUGUCCAUGUCAGGGCAUCGUGACUCCUACGAAAGUACAGCAUCUACUUCUGGCGAUGAAUGGGAUGAUAAAGAAGUGCAGACACCUGUGCAGGCCCAUCAUCAGCGUUACCGACUCAAAGUCCGUCAAGGAUACCGUAGAUCAAUCACACGAGGCAGCGCAGAUGGCGUUCCCGAUACACCUCCCGCCGGCAAUGACUCCCCCGCUAGCUUCGCGGGCACCAGCAGCAACCGCAGCACUCCCGUUCAAGGCAAGAGUUUAUUUGCCGAGCUAGGCGGUUUAAGCGCUGGAGAGAGCGAGGACGGUAGCGUUGCUGACGGAACCCCGAGCCGAUCAAGUGUCAUCUCUCCAGAGUCUUCGCCUGAAGUGUCCAGAAAAGUCACCUUAGGCAAAUCACCGCUUCAAUCUUUCGUCAUUCCCAAGACGGUGCUGAUGGUAGACUCGAGCGUGAUGACGGACCCUUGGGAACCAGCUGCGGACGUACCAGUGCCAGUCCUUGAGAGAUCAUCCAUCUGGUCGCAAAACACGGAACCAAACCAUGUUCAGCCGCCAGCUCUUCACAUUUCCUCGGUCGCUGCUCAAGAUACUGUCCCCCAGGCGGCACCAGUACCAUCACUAGGACUUGCUGUACUAAGUGCACAAGGAACAGAACCCCAGUCGGUUCCACCUCCCUCACUAGCCAUGGCCAGCUUCCCACACCAAACAACAGAGCCUCGAUCUGUUCCACCUCCCUCUUUGGCGAUGGCUAGUUUCCCGCACCAGACAACGGAGCCUCGAGAUGUUUCUCGGCCUGCUCUACAGAGGUCCUUGCUUUCUUCACAGAAUACAAUUCCUCAAGCUCUCCCGGCUCCUUCUCUUCAGAUAGGUACUGUUUCAGGAUACGGGACAGAACCUCAUUCACCCCCUCCGCCAGCGUUCAACAUUUCCACUAUAUCUGGCCAUGAUACUGUGCCACAAUCACCCCCUCGGCCCACCUUUUCCAUGUCUUCGCACUGGGCACAAGGAUCUGAGCCGUCUGAACCUACGGGCCACCAGCAUUUGUCUUCACCUCUCAACGUUUCAACAGUUGUGGGACAGGCAACAGAGCCUGUACAGUCCACUUCGAAUAUAUCGGCUGCUGCACCACUCCUAGCAGCUGGCCUGGCUUCUCAAAUGACUGAGCCUUCAGAGCCUUCGGAGCAAACUACUAGGGAUAUACAUUCUGAGCAGAACCAUCAACAGGCUCCGUUCAGCGUGGGAUCUCUGUCAAGCCAGACUACGGUACCAGGCGAACCACCUCAGCUACCACCAAUCAAACUGGAUGUCUCUGAUGUCUUUUCACAAAGUACAGUGCCCGCGGAGAUUCCUCGACCACGCCCCCAUGAAAUGUCUUCGCUUUCAGCCCAAAAUACGGCACCUGUGGAGAUGACAAGACCAGCUCGACCACAACUUUCUUCACUAUCUAGCCAGACGACUCUGCCCGUUGAAAGUGCCAAACCAGCUCGCCCGCAAUUUUCUUCCUUGUCCAGCCAGGCGACUCAACCCGUCCAGACCGCAAGGCCAAGUCCCCCGCAAUUUUCUGGGCUUGCCGCCCAAUCUACGCGGCCUGUUGAGAUUGCGAAGCCCGCUCACCCACAACUGUCGUUGCUCACUUCUCUGACGACAGAGCCGAUCAGCUCGCCGUUGCCUGCUGCGCCACAAUUCUCGGGUGUGUCUCAUCAGCACAGUCUGCCCGUUGAAGCGCAGAAGCAGUUGCCCGCCUUCUCGACGUUGAAUGUGCAGCAUACAGAUCCCGUCGAAGCACCCGUUCGCCCUCAACCGAAGCACACAUUCUCCGAAGUCGCGAUUCUCCACGAUGCUCAGCCAGAAUCGCCUACACUUCCCACUUUCUUGCCUAGCCCUAGCAGGCCAUCCACAGCUAACCGUGUGGUACCUCCUACAUUAGGCCUGUCGGAUAUCGCUUCUCACGAGACAGCGCCAAAUGUGCCUUCUAGACCAGUCACUGCUCAUCGUACGAUUCCUCAAGAUACGCCAUUGGGCAAAGUCGAACAGCCAAAGACUCCAAUGGCGGAUGGAGGCACACAGACAAUGGUGUCUUCAGAGCAAAUCGACAGAUUGCUUAUGGCAAGGAGUCAACGGUACUCUGGAACCAUUGCGAACGCCGAUGUUGAAAAGGCUAUGUCGCCCCCAGCAUCCCCAAGCAAGCACCAUGCCAAUGAGCAACAGCGGCUAAGCAGGCGCUCCAGUACUUCCUCUAGUAUCCGCUCACGUAGUGCCAUGCUUCCGCCGCUUCCCGCGGACCACAAGGAAGUUAUUGCAGCUGCUUCUCUCAAAUCCCCUGCCUUGACUCCCGUGCCACCGACAACUCCGGGUCCCAUGGGCCCGCCAAUCGUACCAGCAUCUGCCUACAAGAAACGACCUCAGACGCCAGUCAUCAAAACUACACCUGCUGCGGCCAGUCCCAAGACCGGGGGGACUACACCUCGUCCAAGGCCUCGUUCUCAGCCUCGCAGCGGUGCAGUUUCGCCCGUCACGCGCCGUUCAUCCAUCUCAUCGUUCAGCUCGGAGAUCGACCAUCGUUUCAAUAUAGCAGGAAUGAACCCUCUCAGCCAAACUGGUCUGGAUCCGGCCAAGGUUGACCCACGUAUGAUUCAAGCCAUAACACAGACCAUGUUGGGUGAAUUCAUGUGGAAGUACACCAGGAGGACCGGACAGAAGGGCAUGUCCCAGACCCGUCAUCGUCGUUAUUUCUGGGUUCACCCCUUCACUCGAACUGUGUACUGGAGUAAAGAUGGUCCUGCACGGGGAACACAACAAGUAAAGGCGAAGAGUCUGUCCAUUGAGGGCGUGCAUACGGUCGGUGAUAAUAACCCAUUGCCCCCCGGUCUGCAUCAUCAGAGCAUAGUCAUCACUACACCUGGACGUGAAAUUCAAUUCACCGCGCCAACGAGUCAACGCCACGAAACGUGGUUGAAUGCCCUUCUUUACCUGCUUCAACGUACAGACCAAGGUCCAGAUGAUGGCCGGUCAGAGACAGAGGAAAUCCAGGACGAGUUCAACCCCGGAUCUAGGAGUAUAUCAAGGCAAACCGGUCGUUCGAGAGCUUCCUAUGUGACUCACUCAAGUCACCAUUCGCAAUAUCCUACUCUCCGGCAAUCGACGUUGACGCCCAACCGACCUAAUUCGCGAGACCCAGGCCAGGGAUCAGGACCUGGACGCCUAAGCACCAUGUUCCGUUCUAGAUCGAACUUGAGAGGUUCUUUCUCUAGUCGCUUCAGCAAAUCGGGUACACAAGAAGUCACCGGCGCGGAUGGGCAACAUGAUAUGGCUGAUUCACACGAUCUCGGUCGUGAGAUGUGGGAGUCGCACGAAAGCGCGGACAAUAUGGAAGACGUGAGGGCAUGCUGCAAUGGAAAACACCAUCUUCACAAGAUACCCCACCAUCACAACACUGCCAAAAAUCGACACCACAGCUAUAACACGGGUAUCAGCUCUCGACCCUCGUUCAUCGGCUCAAUCAGCUCACGGGCGCAAUCUCGGACUGCGUCUAGGACUGAGUCUCGGACUGUGUCUCGAACUGAAUCGCAUGCAGAGGUGGAAGGUGCAAACAAUGGUGCUUCAUAAGCCUCCACUUGCACCUCUCUCCAGCAUGGCAGAUCGUCCCUACAAUUGUUUCGUU